AUGAAUUCAUAAAUCACCAUCUCAAAUGACAAUUCUUGUCAUUCUACUUCAAAUGCUGUACCAAGAUAAAACCUUUCUACCAUCGAAGGAUAUGUUAAAGUAGCCCUUUUCUAGCUUAAACUUGACUUUUUCACUAAAAUCGCUUUCAAUAAUACAAGAACUAUAGAAGCCUCACCAAAUGAAAGCAAUGCAGACAACCUCAACUAGACUGUAUCUACCAUCACUAAUACUGAUUUCAACUCUAAAGUUAUGGAUACAGCCAUUAUAGUGAUCUCUUAGAGAGCUAUCAGUCAGCAAAGAAACACCAUGGAGACUAAUAUUCUCAGCUAUGAGGAGGAUUUAGAGAAGGUUAAGAUGCUCUACGCCUUCUUAAAACUUGCUCAGCAAACUCAGUUGGAAGAUGAAUCUACUUCUUCAAUCGCUAACUAAUUCAAAAGACUCUAGAAGUACAUGAAAGUGAAUGACAUUUCACUAGAAGCCUACUCAAAGUACAUGGAGGCAUUGCUGCUAUACAGAAAGAAUGGAAAUUUCUAUGAGAUAUAGUAGGACAUCAUGAGCAAACUCAAAAUCAGUUCAGUCUCUAAAGAAAGUGACCUAAAAUAAGUGGAGGAGUUUUUCAAGGUGAGUGCAAAAGGAGUCAUGUUCACAAAGAGUGCAUAGAAGGGACUAGUUAUUGUUCAGAAAAUGCUCGAACUCAGAGUGCCAAUCUCAGCUGAGAGCCACCUUAAUCCAAUCAUUGAAUCCUGCUUCAGAGGAAACAAAGGAUAUCUGAUCUAAGAUAUUCUUCAACUGAUUGGUGAAAACUAUCAGAUUCAGAUUAGCACAUUGAAACUCUUGAUCAAAUACCUCUCCAAGUAAAAUCAGUUCUAGUUGGUCAUGAAUCAUUUUGACACAUACACUAAUCAUCCAGAUUACAACAAAGAUAUCAACUAAUCCUUGGUUCUUAACUAAGUCCUUGACUGCUUGAUAAGAAAUGAUCAGUUAAAUGAAGCAGAGUCAAUUUUCUAACGAAAUCUUGCUAAAACUCAAGAGUUAAGUGGGAAUCUGAUAAGUGAAAACUUUGUUGACUUAAUGACAUUCAGCACAAUUAUCAAGGGUUACUGCAAGUAUUAGAGAUUACCAAAUGCUCUGUAAACUCUAACACUCAUGAAGGAGAGAGGAAUAAAGGCAGACGAAGUGCUCUACAACUCAUUGCUUGACGGUUGUUCAAAGUCAUCUUAACUCACCUCAGCUUUUAAUAUUUAUCAUGAGAUGAUUUCUGAAGGUGUAGUACCAAGCACCAUUACCUACAACUCUUUGAUUGAUUGUUGUGUCAGAUCAAACUCCUAAGCAAGAGCUUGGCAAGUUCUAGAGGAAAUGAAACUUAAAGGAGUUAAAGCUGAUAACUACACCUACUCAACUCUAUUCAAAGGAAUCAAGGGAACAGACCAAACCAGUGAUCUUGAUAAAGCUUUCCAACUUUAUCAAUAGCUGCUUUUGUCUCAAGAAUUUUAACCAGACGAGAUAUUAUUCAAUGUCUUGCUAGAUGCCUGUAUCAACUGCAAGUAACUAGACAGAGCCGUUCAAUUAUUCAAGCAAAUAAAAUAAUCUAACAAUGAGUUAUUGAAUGGUAAUGAAGGAGCUGAUGAGAAUAACCAAGAGCAGUCAAAGUUCUAUGUGAGACCUGAUGAAAUAUCCUUUAACACCAUUAUCAAGGGAUGUUCAUAGGAAAGAAAACUAUCAAUGGCCUUUGAAAUGUUCAACCUAAUGAAAAGAUGUGACUUGAAACCAAAUGAUGUGACCUAUAACUCAAUGAUAGAUGCUUGUGUAAGAUGCAAUAGUAUGAAGAGUGCCUGGGCCUUGCUAACUGAGAUGAAGACCUUCAAUAUCAUUCCAGAUAACUUCACUUACAGUACUUUGAUCAAGGGAAUCAGAGCUGAGAAUUAAAGUCAAAGUGGUAUCUCUAAUUAAUAGGAUCUCGAGAAGGCUUUCGGAUUGCUAGAAUAAAUGAAACAUAGUAACCAUGUCAAACCAGAUGAGAUCUUGUAUAAUUGCUUGAUAGAUGCUUGUGUCAGAUUCCAUGAUGUUAAUAGAGCUGUCGCUGUUUUCCAUGAAAUGCAGCUCUCCAAUAUCAAGCCAAGUUCAGUAACAUAUGGCAUCCUUAUCAAGGCUUAUGGACAAGCUAAUUAACUUGAGAAUGCAUUCUUUGUAUUCAGAAAGAUGAAAGAAAGCAACUUGAUUCCAAACUCAGUGACAUAUGGUUGUCUGAUAGAUGCCUGUGUAAAAAACAACUAAAUUGACCAAGCUAUGGAGGUGUUUGAAACUAUGAAGAAAGACGGUGUCCAGCUAAACACUAUCAUCUUCACUACACUAAUUAAAGGCUUUGCUAAGGCCUAUAAACUUGAGUAGGCUUUGGAAGUCUAUGAAGUCAUGAAACUAGAUGACAAGAUUAAGCCAAAUAAUGUGACCUUCAACUCGAUGAUUGAUUGCUGUAUCAGAUGCAAUGCCAUCCAGAGAGCAAGUGAGAUCUUUGAUGAAAUGAAAAAGUCCCCACAGAUCAGACCUGACUUGAUCACCUACAGCACCAUGAUUAAAGGCUAUUGCAAAGAGAAAAAUAUUCAUUAGGCAUUAGUCAUCUUGAAUGAAAUGGAAAAUUAACAGAUACAAGCUGAUGAGGUCCUGUACAAUUCUCUCUUAGACGGUUGCUGCAAAGCUAAUGAGAUCGAGAUGGCUCUCAAAGUAUACAAAAAUAUGGAGAUUCUAAGAAUCAAGCCAAGCAAUGUUACUUACAGUAUUCUUGUGAAGAUCUAUGGAAAGUAGAGAAAUCUUACCAAAGCAUUAGGAGUACUUGAAGAGAUGAAGAAAGACGGCAUCAAGCCAGGUCUUAUCGUCUAUACAUGCCUCCUUCAAACCUGUAUCAAGUCCAGACAAUUGAAAACGGCUGAGCAAAUCUUUAAAGAUAUGAGAUAGUAGGGUAUCAGAGGAGACUCAUUGACUUAUUCUACAAUGAUCAACGGCUGCUUACAAAGCCAAAAGUUUGAGACCAUUCUUGAAUUACUCAAGGAUGCUUUUGAUUCUCACGUCCAGCUUGCUAGUGAGGUUGGCCCAAAUAUCAUGAAUGAACUGAGCAAAUGGAACCCAGGCAACCCCCAGACUAAGACUGAACUUACUCAGCAGAUUAUGGGAUACCUAGACUCUAAAGAGAAUAUGUACUACGGAGGCAAUAGAUUCUAAGGAGGAUACCAGCAGAGACCUCCUCACAAUCAAUCAAACUAUCACGGCAAUCAUCACCAUAGCAACAAUUACAACAAUAAUGGAUAUAACAACAAUCAAGCUCCCUGCUAGAACUAUGUACCAGCUCAGCCAACUUAGUAUGACGCUGAAGCUAAUUAAAGUAAAACCUUCCACAAGAAGAGUUACUUUAACUCCUCAAGAAACUAAGAUUUCAAUGUGAGUGGGGCAGGAGCUUAGAAUUCAUUCACAAACAGCAACACCAAUGACAACAGUUUCUUCAAGGGCAAGAAUAGCCAAUCAGGUAAUUGGUAAAACAAUACUGUUAGUGAUUUGAGUAAUAGCAAACGCGUUGAAAACUCUGCACAGGAAUUAUAGAUGAAUACUUCAAACAUCUAAGAUACUUCUCAGAGAUCUCAUAGGUAGGUUUACAACAACAACCAAAACUCUACUCAAAGCAACAAUAACUCUUACUAUGAAAAUAGCAAGAAGAAGUAAUACGGCAACCAUAACUCAAACUACAAUUAACAAAAAACCAACAAAUACCAAGGCUAUUAAAAUAAUGAUAGCUACCAGAACUAUGACUAUCAGAACCAGUACUAUGGCAACACCAACAAAUACUAUUAAUCAUACAACAGCAGUAACUAGAACUACAAGACUCAGGGCUACUAAAACUAGAAUCAAAGUGGCUACUCAAACAACUCUACUUAUCAAAGCAACAAGAAUGCAUAUGAAAAUACAAGAAACAGCAAUAGCUUUGUAAAGAAUGAAGAGUAGAAGUUCAGUAACUAAGAAUCAAAGAAGUAGGUCUCAUUCUCAAUAGAUGAUGGUACUAAAAAUGAAAUUUAGGAUCAUGUAGAACCAAAGACUCAAAAUGCUGAGCAGCCCAAGGGUGGUUUCAAGUCAGGCAAGGGUGCCAAGAAAGGUGGGAAAAACUUUAGCAAGUAAUAAGUUGACAAGGAGAAUAAUAAUCCUAACUUCAACACUAAUAAUGCUUAGAGAGGCUAUAAUAAGCAGGCUCAGGCAAACUAUUGA